GUGACCUAUAUGGAUCUCAUCAUAAAAUGUGAAUGUUUUUGCAUUUCUUGGAAAAAAAACAUUUCAGACUCUUUCAAGCGCAGGCAUCGUUCCUCUUGUCCUCCAGUCCGACAGAUGGCGCUCUGUGGCAGCCUUCAGUCAGUGAUUCGGCUUUCCCUGGAGCACAUCAGAUGAGCAGAAGCAGAUCAGUGGACUGCAGAUGAAUAUCCUUUAAUUUCACCUGUCAUCGGUCUAAACACUACAGACUACGUGUGCUUUCACAUGAACGGGAUAAAAUGCAGUCGGACGAUCCGCAGUCUUUGAAACGAGUAAAGAGAUGUGAUAUAGAUGUGCAUCCUACAGAGAAAGCACUGGUGCUACACUAUGAACUGGAAGCGUCUAUUUUAGGAGAGACGGGUGACCCCAUGCACAAGGGCAGAAAAGAAUGUCAGAAAAUUAUCCGACUGAGGAGUUUAAAUGCAGGCACUGAUAUUCCUACACUGGCCAGGAAGGUGGUGGAAGAGUGCAAGCUCAUUCAUGCAUCAAAGUUGGCAGAGGUGGAACAUCUGCUGCUGUAUUUACAGGGCCGAAAGAAACCGAGUAGCAAAUCGGAAAAGAAAGAAAAGAAGCCAGUUAAACCCAAAGAACUGAUGCCAUUUGAAGGAAUGGAAAUUGAUGAAGAGGCAAACAUCAAUAAAAUAGAUGAAUACUUGGAGCUUUUGUAUGAAGGCUUCCCAGAGAAGAUUAGAGGAUCCACUCUGAUUCUCCAGCUGGCCCGUAACCCUGACAACCUGGAAGAGCUUCUCCAUAAUGAGACUGCGUUUGGAGCUUUGGCCCGUGUGUUGAGAGAAGACUGGAAACAUAGUGUGGAAUUAUCUUCUACUAUUAUCUACAUCUUCUUCUGCUUCUCAAGUUUCUCUCAGUUCCACACGCUGAUUACUCACUAUAAGAUCGGGAUGCUCUGUAUGAACAUCAUCGAGAAUGAACAGAGGAAAUAUGACCUGUGGCAGGAUGAGUUGGAGAAGAAGGACAAAGCUUGUGAUGAGGACCCCGACAACCAGACCUUUAGAAAGGAGCAUGAGAAAACCCUCAAGAAAUACCAAAGUCUGUUGCUCAAACAGGAGCAGCUGCUACGAGUUGCUUUCUAUCUGCUGUUAAACCUGUCUGAAGACACUCGCACAGAGCUCAAGAUGAGGAACAAGAACAUUGUGCACUUGUUGGUAAAGACUCUGGACAGAGAGAAUGAGGAACUGCUGGUGCUGGUGGUCUCCUUCCUCAAAAAGCUCAGCAUCUUCUUGGAAAACAAAAAUGACAUGGCUGAGAUGGAUACUGUGGAGAAGCUUGCUCUUCUGAUACCAUGUGAACAUGAAGAUCUGCUGAACAUCACUCUGCGACUCCUUCAUAAUUUGUCUUUUGACACCUGCCUGCGUACCAAAAUGGUGCAAGUGGGUCUGCUUCCCAAACUCACCGCUCUGCUGGGUAAUGACUCACACAAGCAUGUGGCGAUGCGCAUUCUCUAUCACAUCAGUGUUGACGACAAAUCCAAAUCCAUGUUUGCUUAUACUGACUGCAUCCCACAGCUAAUGCAGAUGCUGUUUGAACACGGUGAGGAGAGAAUCGACACCGAGCUCAUCUCCUUCUGCAUCAACCUGGCCGCCAACAAGAGGAAUGCUCAGAUCAUCUGCGAGGGAAACGGUUUGAAGUUGCUGAUGAAGAGAGCGCUCAGACUGAAGGACCCGCUGCUGAUGAAGAUGAUAAGGAACAUCUCGCAGCACGAGGGCCACUUAAAACAGCUCUUCAUUGAUUUUGUGGGUGACCUGGCAGCUCAGAUCAAGCAGGCGGGGGAUGAGGAGUUUGUUAUUGAGUGUUUGGGUACAAUAGCAAAUCUUACCAUCGCUGACCUGGACUGGGAACUCCUGUUAAAAGAGUACAACCUGGUGCCCUACCUCAAAGAUCACCUCAAACCCGGCUCAGCAGAGGAUGAUCUGAUUCUGGAGGUGGUGAUCAUGAUUGGUACGGUGUCCACGGAUGACUCGUGUGCCGUCAUGCUCGCUAAGUCCGGCAUCAUUCCUGCUCUCAUUGAGCUGCUCAAUGCCCAGCAGGAAGACGAUGAAUUCGUGUGUCAGAUCAUCUACGUCUUUUACCAGAUGGUCUUCCACCAGGCCACCAGAGACGUCAUCAUUAAAGACACACAGGCCCCAGCCUACCUCAUCGACCUGAUGCAUGACAAAAACACGGAAAUCCGGAAGGUUUGUGACAACACUCUGGACAUUAUCGCCGAGUAUGAUGAAGAGUGGGGCAAGAAGAUCCAGAACGAAAAGUUUCGCUGGCACAACUCUCAGUGGCUGGAGAUGGUUGAGAGCCGACAGAUGGAGGAAACGGAGCCCUACCUGUACGGCGACGACCCUGACGCCCUGGAGCAGCCCGAUCUCUUCUACAGCACGGACGGUAUGAUGCCCCCCGAGCCAAGCCUCAGUCCAGACUUCUACAACCAGUUUCACACUCAGAACGGAGACUUCAACAGCUGCAAUGGAGCCGAUGGACGUCCUGCCACUGCUUACGGCUUUCGUCCGGACGAGCCGUUCUUCCACGGAUACUAAUCCACCAGACAAAGCCGCUGUGAUAACUCCGUCCCCUUGUUUCCUACAACUGCAUUCUAAUGUCCUAGCAUGUGGAAAAAAUUCACAAAACACUCUAUACCAACAGAAUGUGAGCCCAACCCUAGUGCAUUUAAAUUAAGAGUCUCAGCAUGCUAAAAUUGUAUAACAUUUAUUAGCCAACAUUACAUGAUGCUUUACAGAUAAAUAUAUAUAGGAGGAUAAAUCCUGACAUUUCUAUUGGAAAGUGCUUCAUUUUUCUGUUAAGCAUUAUGAAAACUGACUUUAGAAAUGCACUCCAGUCACACAGGGUUUUGCUGCAUGCUCCGGUUACAUUUUAGUUUCAGAAUAGCUGUUAUUUUAUUUUUACUGAGAGUGCACUUUAGUCGUUCAAUCUGUAUAUUCACUAGAUUAAUUCCAAAACAAUUUAAGCAGCACUGAAACAUUAUUGUAUGACCAACUAACGUAAUAUCUCAGUAUAGUAUCCUAUAAGAGUUUGGAGGAUGAUGAUCUCUUAGCUAGUGAUCUUUUUCAAUCUAGGUUUUAUUUAUUAAAGAUUACAUAACACCCUAACUGCUAAACUGAAAUUAACUGCAUAUUCAACUUUUUUUAAAUUAUCUUGCACUACUUGUCAUGUAUAAAGAACACUGUGUUAUGUGUGUCAAGCAUUAUAUGAGUGGGCAUUACUCCUUAGAAAUAUUCUUCGAAAUUCACAACCUUAAUAUGUUGAGGAUUUAUUAUUGUGUUUGAGUAUAAAAAUACAUUUUUAAUUUCUAGUAUUAUUAUGUACUUUAUGUUACUGUAUGUUGUCAGUCUGUAUGUUGCUGGUUAUGGUGUUAGCUGCCUGUAUUCAUUGUUUUUUUUAUAACAGUACUGUAUAUUUGUUCAUUUUAAUUUAUCACAAUGAAAAUCAGGACAUCUCUGAAUUUCCAGACACAAAAGGUGCCUCCUACGAUGUCACCCCUUGCUGCUAUAAUGAUCCUGUGAAUUAGAUGUAAUGGAGGGAAUUGUCCUUAACUGCAAAUAG